UCAACUCAAUGUAUAUAUGGUUCGAUGUCAAAAUAACAUCAAUGUCCUGAAGGCAGGGUAAAGACAGGGUGAAGAAAGGGUGAAGAGAGGGAGGAGAAGAGCAUAAAUACCAGAUAGCCAUCUCCUCUUCCUGAGAGAGAAGUUCAAAAUACAGUCAUCCUUCUUCAUAGGUACCUACCUACCUUCAACAAGCCCCCCUUUGCAUCCGCAUUUCUCUUGUCUAUACCACCACAGCUGAACGCCAUAAUGAGCCAAAACAUCUACGACUCCAUCGGCUUCUUCGAGUCCUACAGCAAGUAUCCGCGCAUGGAGAAGGGACUCGCCGGCGCAUCGGAAUGGCCCCUCCUGGAGACCAUGCUGCCAUCCAGUCUUGUGUCCAAGACCGUCCUCGACCUUGGGUGCGGUGACGGCUGGUUUUCCCGCUGGGCUCUCGACCGAGGGGCGAAAGCCGUAUGCGCCAUGGACGUGUCCCAGAACAUGCUCAGCCGGGCCCGGGCUCUCAGUCCACCGGACCGAUACCCGGCCAUAACCUUCCGCCAAGUUGACAUGGACACAUUGGAGGGCCAGGACGGGGGACUGGAUCCCGAAGCGAAUGACGUUGCUUUCAGCGGCCUCGCCCUGCACUACCUCGUUAACCUCGAGGCGGCUCUCCGACAGGUCUUUAGGUCCCUUCGGCCGGGCGGCUUGUUCGUCUUUUCCGUCGAACACCCCAUCUUCACGGCUCCUCAACGGCCGGGGUUCCAAAAGUCUGGUGCUGUCCAGGACUGGCCUUUGAGUAGUUACUUUGCCGAGGGAGAGCGAGAGGUCGACUGGCUGGGUGCGCCGGUGAGGAAGCAGCAUCGAACCAUUUCUAGGUCAGUAGGUAGCUCCGCGCUCCGAGCGAGGCUUGUGUGCUAACAUGGGUUUCGUGCUCAAGCUAUCUGAAG